UUAAUUUUAAAGAGUAAGGAAUUACAGACGCUUUAAAAGCAAAUUUUGUUACUUUGCUUUGAAUAUGGCUUCUGCUGUUAGUGAUGUCGUUCACAAUUAUCAAGUUCUUCUUCAAGAGUGGUCCAAAAAGCCUCCGAAUCUAGAAAAAUGUGGACAAAUAUUAGAAAAUUUAAAGGUUGCCCUGACCCAGAUGAGUUUUCUUCCUACUAGUGAUAAGACUGCAACAAAGCAAGAACUACUCGUGGCACGUGACAUUUUAGAAUUAGGUGCCCAGUGGAGUAUCAAGAAUCAAAAUAUCCCUGCCUUUGAACGCUAUAUGGCUCAACUUAAAUGUUAUUACCUGGAUUACAGGAAUGAUUUGCCUGAAUCUGCAUCAAAAUAUCAACUCCUUGGUCUGAAUUUGCUUUGCUUGUUAGCUCAAAACAGAGUUGCUGAAUUUCAUACUGAACUGGAGCUUCUACCUGCUAAAGAAAUUCAGUCAAAUGCAUACAUCAGGCAUCCCGUAUCAAUGGAACAAUACCUAAUGGAGGGCAGCUAUAACAAAGUGUUUCUGUCAGGAGGAAAUGUACCAGCUGAGAGCUAUAACUUCUUCAUCAACAUAUUGUUGGAUACUGUCCGGAAUGAAAUUGCCGCCUGCAUCGAAAAAGCAUAUGAAAAGUUGGCUUUAAAUGAAGCUGGCAGAAUGCUUUUCUUCAAGAAUAAAAAGGACAUGGCUGAAUAUGCAAAAAAGAGAGGCUGGUCUUCAUCUGGUGGUGACUAUUACACCUAUGACAAUAGGGACGACAAGACACAUUCUGAUGACACAAUACCUGCUUUUGAACUGGCUACUCAAGUUAUAGAUUAUGCAAGAGAGUUAGAAAUGAUAGUGUAAACAUUUUUGUAUUUAUUUAUUUAAAGCAAAAAAUAAAACUCAUGUUCAUUCA